UCUUUUUUAAAGUUCUUUUUUUCGUGGAAUAGGAGAGAGACAGCAGCGGUCAGAGCCCUACGUAUAUGCGUAAUAUGCGUAUACCAUUGGGUCUUCGUGAUAAAUUUUCAGAGGACUUGGUGACCGCCUACGAAUUACGAUUGGCGUCAAAAGUUUACAAAUCUGAGGAAACACCGAAUAUUAGCGCAACUUCCGCAAGAAGGAAUUCGGAGUACCAGCCCGCAUACGAACACCUACACCGUGUUGUUGUUGUUGUUUUUUUGUUUUUUUACUGUCUACGGUCACAAGUAACUCGGAAAUUCGAACAUUUCCUCGCGUUCCCGCGUGGUGCGUAAACUUUUGAUGCCCGCUGUGCGUAGUUACCGACGUUAAGGCCAACAUUACCACUGACGCAUUCGGGCUCCUCGCAGGCCCUGCACCACAAAUCACGCGAGAUCAGAGCCAAGGGUAUUAAGACGUUCACAUUCUUCGCGGCCGCCGUUCCGAAUGAAACCUGGGCGAACAUCUUCGUCGACAAUUUCAAGAACUUCUAUGAACCGGACCUCUUCGUCGCUAUUGGCCACUACGUGCGCGGGGACAACACGCUGCCCGACUGUCUCAUCAUGCCACCGACUGCGCCGACCAGACCUGCGGGCGCCCCGACCAGCUACCAGCACGAUCUGACUUCUGCGGCCGAGGGCAUCGUCACGUUGUCGGCGGCAGGUCCGGCGACGAAGUUUGCUUUGUCGGUCACCUUGAAGGGACGCUACGCGGUGCCCGCGCAGAAAGGCCUGCUGAGCUUUCUCGAUUCGUGCUUGUCCAACGUCAGCGUGGAAUCGUUCGGCAGCUACGCCGAGGUGUGCAAGUCGCCGGAUUUCUCGAAGAGGUUGUACCACAGCUCACGGCUGCACGCCACGCAAGUUCGCCACAACAACGGGUCGCUGGUGUUCUCUUACGACGACCGAGAUGGACUUGUCAGGAAGCUGUGCACAGUCAACGCGCAGAGCCAGUCCCUGAAAUUCGGCAUCGCCGUUUUCGACGUCGACUACGCGGACUUCUCGAACGCCUGCGCGACGCAGCGCGGCCCGUUCUCGACGCUCCAAGGACUUCGUCGGGUGCUCGACUACUUCAAGACGAGGUCCACGAACCCGGCGAGCACGAAAGAAUGCGUGGAUCAAGCCACGUGACCCCCCCCCCCCCCCUUCUACGUCGGGAGCUGGGAAGGUAUAGUGCCGGCCCCGCAAAACGACACCCCAACCACUAACCGCCCCUACGUCGUCAACCGACUAACCGCUCCUGUACCCGGAGAAUAAAUUUUAAGUAAUACUG